GCCACCCUUGGUCAGGAGCAGAGAAAAGACCCUAGAGGCUGCACAGAGUGAGGAAGCAGGCAGGUGGGGGCCGAGCGUGCAGGAGCCGGGAGCCAGGUCACACAGGAAGGAGUUCGGUUUUGAUUCCAAAAGCAAUGGGAAACUGUCUUAGGAUUUUAAGCAAGGACAUGAUAUGAUGUGAUUUAUAUCGAAAAUUAAGAACUGGUUCUACUGUGUGGAGAGAAGUGGGGUGACUUAGGAUUUAUUUUCGGGGAGGUCCAACAGGCUUCGGUGAUCCAGUUCAGCUCUUUGCCCUUCCUUAUGAUUACAAAGCAGGAAAACAGAAAACUAACAGGACUAUCACCAUCGGAAAUUUCACGGCAGUUUAAAAACUUAUUUUUGUUUAAAAAUGUCGUAUAAGGUCACUGUCAAAAACUUGCAGGAAAACAGAAGAAGGAAGUUGAAAUCGCGUCACACAGUUUGCGAAGGGCCAGGGCUUUGGGAGGGAGCCUCAGUUUCUCUGCGGCCAACGGAGUCUUGGAGAACCCCCAGCCGGGCCGGUUCCGUGGGAACCCACCACGCAGCCCCUCGGCCUCAGCGGGGCCUGCUUGCGCAGGCGCAAGGGACGGAGUCAGGCGCAAGGGGGCGGAGCUUCAGGAAGGGGCCGUUGUCUUUCAGCCUUCCGUGGAGAGAGCGGAUGGGGAGACCAGCAGCCCGGAGACAAGAGUCGGAGGCGGAGCGCUGCAGCCAUGCAGGCGGCAGAGGCGGACGCAGGCACAGCACUCUCCGGGACCGGGCGGACACCCUGCACCCACGGCCGGAAGGCCGGGAAGCCGGCCACACGUAUUGUAUCCUACCCGAGGGCGGAGUGGGGAGUGGGCUGCAGCCUGCCUGCGGUGGGAGGCGGAGAUCGCCCGUGGCUCCCUGGCCCCAGAUGCCGAACUGCACCAUGGGACUGUUGGGAAGGAGCUCACACCACUGGAGAGCUGAAGAUUCCCACCUCCUCCAAACUUCCAUCGUCACCUUUCUUGACCAUCUUUCUCUGGUGAUACGGACCAUGCAGCGCUUUGGGCCCCCUGUUGCACGCUAAGCCAGGGCUAGAGAAGGGGAUUAAGGUCUAAACUUGUGCCCCUUCCUAGACAGUGCAUCCCUCCUAGGGCAGAGAUUCCUGUAGUAGUUGCCACUUUAUUAUGGGGUCCUCAUCUUUUGCCUCUACUGGCCCUUGGGUGCUGAGGGUUCACUUGUCUUGUUGGGUGCUUAAAUGUUUCUUAACUACUGAAAAUAAAACUGAGCUACG